AUGACAGUGAAUGACAAAAAAAGAUUAGCAAUCAUAGGUGGGGGACCAGGGGGGUUAGCAGCUGCAAGGGUCUUCUCACAAAGUUCCGCUAAUUUUGAAAUAGAAAUAUUUGUAAAAGAUUACGAUAUUGGGGGUGUUUGGCAUUAUCCAAAACAAGGACAAGAUGGGAGGGUUAUGUAUGACCAUUUGGAAACCAAUAUAUCCAAAGAGCUAAUGCAGUUUAGCGGGUUCCCCUUCAAGGCAAGCGUACCUCUCUAUCCCUCCAGAAAAGACAUUUGGGAAUAUUUGAAAAAUUACUACGAUGAGUUCAUUGUCAACCAAGAUGCUAUCACCAUCCACUUCAACACUGAGGUUUCCUAUUUGGAGAAGAAAAACUCUCAUUGGAAAGUGACAUCUAAAAACGAACUAGGAACCACAAAAUCAGAUUUUGAUUUCGUUAUUGUUGCCUCUGGCCAUUACAGUGUCCCCAAAUUCCCGUCCGAUAUCACAGGCCUCGAACAAUGGUUUGACAAUAGGGGUGCAAUUCAUUCUAAGGACUUCAAAAACUGUGAAUUUGCCCGCGACAAAGUGGUUAUUGUGGCGGGCAACGGCAGUUCUGGCCAGGAUAUUGCCAACCAACUGACUACUGUUGCAAAGAAAGUAUAUAAUAGUAUAAAGGAGCCUGCGAACAGCCAACCUGGGGCUAAAUCAACUGAUACCAUCCCGACAAUAAAUGGUUGUGAUUGGAAAAGUCAUUCGGUCACUUUAUCUGAUGGAAGAAUAAUUCAAGAUGUAGACUACAUUAUAUUCGCUACAGGCUAUUAUUAUAGCUACCCAUUUAUAGAACCCUCUAUUAGGCUAGACAUAUUGGGAGAAGGUGUCACUGACGAUAAACGCUCCUCUGUUAACUUGCACAAUUUAUGGGAGCACAUGAUUUAUGUAAAGGACCCCACGUUAUCCUUUAUCUUGACUCCACAAUUAGUAAUCCCCUUCCCAUUGUCAGAACUCCAAGCGGCCAUUAUGGUCGAAGUAUUUUGUAAAAACUUACCCAUCACGACAGAAUUCGAUUCUAGCGUCUGUGGUGCACAUAAUUUCCCAAAGGGCAAGGAUCUGGUGCAUUACGCCGAGUUACAGGCACUUCUGGAUGGUAUCCCGCACAGAAUUGGCCAUUUUAAGCCAGUAAAAUGGGAUGAAAGACUCAUUGAACUAAGAAACGCAAGCUAUUCAGACAAAGAAGAAAGAAAUGUGCUUUUAGCGGAACACGCACAAGCCCUAAAUAAAAAAAAAGUACCAUACUUUCUCCCAGCGCCACAUGCUCAACUUAAAUUUAAAGAUUAA